UGCUGCUCUCGAUCGCUCAUUAUCGUUCAACUACAAAUCUCCGAAGUUUAUUCACGACAUGACAAAGCACUCGAAGAACAACACUGCGUCCAGCAUCUUCUCCUACCAUGAAUAUAAGAAGGCAGCGACAGUUUACGGAACAAAGCGUCAGCGUCUGGGCAAUGAGAGUCUGCGCCGUUUCGACGCCUGUGUCUUGUGUCUUCAGACUGCUCGAGAACCUGUCUGUUGUAAAGAGGGCCACCUGUUCUGCAAAGAGUGUGCGAUGAAUGAUCUGCUAUCGCAAAAGAAGGAUUUGAAGCGACAGAAGGAGAAAGCAGAGCAAAUCAAGAAGCAAAUACAAGAGGAAGUAGAGAGCGCGAAAGAAACUGCUCGAGAACGCGUCUUGCGGGAUUUUGAACGUGGGCAACUAGGUCUUGCUUUCAGUCCUUCAGGCUCAAGCACGGCGGCGGUGGCUGACCCCACAUCGACCGGAAAGAAGCGAGCUUUCUCGGACGCCUUUGAAUUCAAUGACUCUCGCGUGUCUAAAAUCGUCGCUGAGGCAGAAGAGGCGGCUGCGCGCGAGAUCGUGAAGGAGAGAGCUGAAGCAACCAAGGGCGUUCUACCGGAUUUCUGGCUUCCCUCGCUGACCCCUACUUUUGGGGGCGUGACCGUGUCGGAGACGUUGGCUGCUGGCGGAACUUCGGAGGUCAAGACGGGAGCAAUGUGCCGCGGAGGCGGGGAAAGACAUUCGCUUUCACUCAAGGAUCUCACGCCUGUUAAAUUUACACACCAUGCAGAAACCUCGAAAGCGGGAAACGACGAGGAAAGUACAAUUUGUCCAUCUUGUAUGAAGACACUGUCAAACAAUACCAUCAUCUAUUGUGAGCAACGCGUCUCUCGAACACAUUCUGAGCUAAGCAUUAUAGUGAUGAAACCUUGCGCCCAUGUAAUAUGUAGGACUUGCAAGGAGACACUCAUGGCACCGACACCUGGUGAACAGGCCUGUGUUGCCUGCGAAACAAGGCUGAAGAAGAAAGACAUCAUCGAGCUGAAGCGUGAAGGUUCGUGGCACUCCUGUGCUCAUCCUCGUAUUAAGCAUUCUCGCAGGCACCGGCUUCGCAGGAGGAGGACUGGCUGAGGCAAAGCGCUCUGGGACAUCUUUCCAAGGAUGACAAGCAUGGGCAAACAAACCUCUCAUAUAUAUGCGCCAAUUUGCUCAGACCACACAUAUUGAUCGCUUUCCAACACUGCAGUCAGCUGCUGGAAGGCCUGGGCGUCCGCAAAAGGAACUCCAGUCCUUGGAUCUCGAUAUGGUGCAGGUCGGCCGGUCAAAGGGCAUAUAGGAAAAACACGGGCUGUGCAUCUUAGAUCUCGAAAAUAGAGACGGGAACAGACUUACACAUCGGUCGGUUUUUCCCUGAGUAGACCUUGACUUGUGUCCAAUCCACAUGGUCGCCGAACAUAGCGGUCAUGGUCGCUUCCCAUCCUGGCUUUUUCGCUUUGAGCUCUUGCGAUUCCUCGUGAACAACGUAGUUGUGAACAUGCUUUGAGUCUGAUCCAGGGCCGUCCGGCUCUGCACGACUGCGCCAUCGAAGAAGCGGUCCCUCGACCACCGGUCGCACGACUCCUGUUUGCUUACGUCUCUCUUCCUCGUUCUUGAGGUAAUCGCGGUGGGCUACGAUAUUGCCCUCUUCAGAAUCGAGAGCACGAGCAAUCAGUUCGGCCUGCGAUAAGACUUGGGUCUGGAUGCGUGGCCGUUUCACAGUAUGAUGCCCACUAGCCUGCCCAAUAUGUGAGAAAGCACUCCAUAAACGAUUAGAGCUCCUACCCGCCGCUCUUCAGAUAUUCUCAGUCUUGAAUGAGAGAGAGUUGUGUUGAGCACGGUCUGUUUUCGGCCUGAUUGACGCUGAGAUGAGGGUUCUCCGGCCUCUGACUGUCGCUGCAGCCGCUUUGGCAC